CACCCGAUUCCUCUUCUCAUCUCAGGCUGCUCUGUUUGAUUUUUCAGGGACAGAAACUAUCUGUGGAUAGUGAGAUGACUUUCUUCAUGUCAUUCGGCAAACCGGCAAGUGCAGGUUCCGGGGGUGGGGGUGGGGGUGGGGCAACCCAGGAAGGAUCCACCUGUAUGGCCCCCUAUUUGCACCCCACCCCACAUACUAUGGGCAAACCCCUCUGGGCUAGUGGGGAGUUACUGGGCUAAGGCCCCCCCGCCCCCCACCACGGGGCUGGUGAUGAGACAGGCGCCCGGGUCCACUCUUCACACGAGGGGCAGCCCGGCCGCCCCCAGACGAUGGCAUUGCCCACCACUGUCGGGCCCCUGGGCACUCACCGCGCCACGAGCCCGGGUGGGUGGGAACUCGGUAAGAAGCUUAGCAGCUCCAUCCAGAUGCGAAUUGUCCCUCCCACACUUCCCGGGCUGCAGGGGCCUCCAUUAGAGCCCCCGAGGAGUCAGAAUCCACACCUCCGCAAAUGGGCCCGCUUUCCCAAGGCCCCCCCCUGCCCAGGCCUUCCCUGGGCUCUGUGGGUUUUGACACCUCUCUGCAACCUGGCAGGGGGGCACCUCUCACCUUUGGUCCGGAUAAAAGCUCAGGCCUGGAGGUGGCCGGCCCAGCCUCCCAGAGCCCGCAGCAGCCGCGGCCAUGGCCCAGUCCCCUCCUCUGCACAGCCUCCUGGGCCAAGACCACUGGAUCUUCCCCCAGGGUUGGGGCUGGGCCGGCCACCCGGACUCCACGUCCCCUGCCUCCUCCUCGGACUCGUCGGGCUCCUGCCCCUGCGACGGCUCCCGCGGCCCCUCGCAGCCCGCGCCCCAGGCCCGCGGCGCCCGCGCCGCAGAGGCCGCCCCGACGGCGCCCGGACGAGCCCGCAGCGGAGCCGCCGCCGCCGGGCAGCGGCAGAGCGCCAGCGAGCGCGAGAAGCUGCGCAUGCGCACGCUCGCCCGCGCCCUGCACGAGCUGCGCCGCUUUCUGCCGCCGUCCGUGGCGCCCGCCGGCCAGAGCCUCACCAAGAUCGAGACGCUGCGCCUGGCCAUCCGCUACAUCGGCCACCUGUCGGCGGUGCUGGGCCUCAGCGAGGAGAGCCUGCAGCGCCGGCGCCGGCGGCGCAGCGACGCGGCGGUGCCUCGGGGCUGCCCGCUCUGCCCCGACGGCGGCCCCGCGCAGACGCAGACGCAGACGCAGGUGCAGGCGCGCGCCCCGGCGCUGGGCUCAGCCGCCAGCCCCUCCGCGUCCUGGGGGUCCCCGCCGGCGUGUCCCGAAGCACUAGCGGCCCCCGAGCGUCUGGGGAGCAGGAUACCUGACAUGGGUCCCUGGGUUACACCCCCUUACCACCCUGGGAUGCAGUCGCCCCCGCAACUGUCCCGAGGGAGAGGCCCCGACGGGGCCCUUUGGACACCGCCCCAGGGCUGUUCAGGAACGCAGACGUCCCCAGAGUCCAGGAACCAGGCUACACCCUGGACGCCUUCCCCCGCGGCCCCUGAGCUGGCUGUAAUAUACCAGGGUAUCUCUGUGUCUCCAGAGUCCUGUCUGUUGCCAGAAACGCCACCCCUCCUGUCCCGCCCAGCAUGCCAGAGACUCCAGCCUCAGACCGAGUGGGGUGGCUGGAGCCAUAGUGCAGAGAUGCUCCCCGGUUCAGAAGACCAGAGACCAGGCCCUGCCUUCCAGCUCGGUGAUGAGAGCCCUUCCCAGAGCUCAGGCGUGCAGCUCAGUGGCUGCCCUGAACUUUGGCAAGAAGAUUUGGAGGGGGCCCACCUGGGCAUCUUCUACUAAAGGCCUUGUGCUGUCCCCUUGUCGGCCAGGAGUCAGGCCUCCAGGGUGGGCUGCCCUCCAUCUGCUGCCUCUGAGGUCUUCAAGGUUUUUUUGUUUUUGCUUUUUUUUAAACCAAGCACCUCUUUUCCAAGGGAUGUCUUUUAUGGAAGCAGUGUUUGAAACAGAUCGUGGGUGGCUUCCUUGGCUGGAGUCAGGGCUGGGGCAGGGCCCUCCAUUCCUAGAACCCCCCCCCCCCCCACCCCGAAUGCCCGGUGCUCUACAGAGCACCGCCUGACCUACAGGAAGGUGGUAGCUGCUUGAGCACAGACUCGGCCAGCUGGGACUGGUGGGGGAGUGGGUUGUGGCUGGGGGUGGGGGGGGGGGGUGGGAGAAGCCUGUAUGCUUAGAUUUUGUGCUUCUUAAAAAAACAACACAAAUUUUGGUGUGGUCUCUUUUUCUUCUGUCAACCUCGGUUCUUAUUGCCUUAUUGGGAAAAGGAAGAAUGUUCCCAUCCUGCGGGGAGCAGUCAUUCUGUUCUUCCCCUCCCCGGGUCUAGGCCCCCUGAGGUUGGUGUGUGCCCUCACUUGCCACUUGGACAGUCUUUACUGUGCAAGAGCUCCACCUGGCCUGCUGUGCAAGGUGACUCGGGCGGGUUAACGUUUGGGCCCGUUCACCUGCCUCAGCCCCGCCGCUGUCACCUUUGCCAUUCUCCUGGGUGCCCUCCUGCUGACCCAGAGGGCUCCUUCACAGUUAUAUGAAAGUGUUUUUAAAGGAUGCAUGGUGGGGCGCCUG